GCUUGUGUAAUUGUUAGUUUAGGACAUUUUUGAAACCAAGGCUCACUGUAAAUUUCACAAUUAAAUGCUGAAGAAAGAAACGCUAAUAUAGAAAUAUCGGAACAACACAAUCACACUCAGCACGCAUUGAAGACAUCUGAGGAUUUUCAAGUCAACAUUUAUCCUUUAAAUCUCCUAUGUUUUUUUAUUUACUCCUUUUAUAAAGGAUGACUGCUGUUUGAAAGGAAACACGGUUAUUCUAACAUAUGCUAAAUUGAGUAAAUAUCAAACAGUUGUUAUAACACUCGUGCAUACAUAUGUGGAAAGUAUCAAUGGUCUAUGAUGUGCUAAGAAUUUUGUACUUGUAUUAAUUCGUAAACCAACAUUAACUAUAUUGUUCAUUUAUAUAUUGUGUACACAAGCUUUGUGAGAAAGAGUUAGUGAACAAAGAUAUAAGGUACCAAGAACCGUUCUGUGAUAUCUAUGUUAACACUUAAAUAAUUGAAAAGACUAAAAAUUUCUAAAUAUAAGUAUAUAUAUAUUGUGGUGAAACGGAAGUGAACAUAAAAAAGAAAUUAAGUAAUUGUUUCAAGAAAAGAGGAAUUCUUAUAUGUGAAGAUUAUACUUAAAGUUGUGCGAAUUUGAAACAAUGUCCAACAAUCCUCAGUGGAAAACGUUCCAGCCGCCAAUCAUGAACUCUGACCCUGCAAUACUUGAUUAUAAGUCUGUGGCUAUACCUAGUCCCAAAGUUAUAAUGGGAUCGCAUCAAACAGCAACUAAUAUCUACAGAAAUGGUACCAACUAUGGUAGUGACCAUUAUAUGACGGAUUCGACUAAUACGCAAAAAUCGCGUAAAGAACUUUCUAGUUUUCCUUUCGGAACAUUUACCGGAAUGGAAGGAAAUGCUGGUUAUACAGAAGACCCAUCAACAAAUAAUUCCACUUAUCAAGAUCAAUCUGCUAACCAAGGACCACGAGAAACAGGAAUAAUUGAAAAAUUAUUACAUUCUUAUGGUUUUAUACAGUGCUGUGAAAGACAAGCAAGAUUGUUCUUUCAUUUUAGCCAAUUUAGCGGUAACAUAGAACAUUUAAGAAUUGGAGAUCCAGUUGAAUUUGAAAUGACUUAUGACCGACGAACAGGAAAACCUAUUGCUAGUACAGUCAGUAAGAUUUCUCCGGAGGUGGUGCUAAGCGAAGAACGAGUUACUGGGCUCGUAACUACAUCAGUAUACACGAGUAGUGACACAGGGCGUAUUAGUUACGAAAACAGAGGAGAAUGUUUUUUUUUGCCAUAUACAAAAGAUGACGUAGAAGGAAAUGUUACUUUGGCUACUGGUGACAGAGUGUCAUUUCAAAUUGCUACUAAUCAACGUGGAAAUUUGGGUGCAUGUCAUGUAAGAUUGGAAAAUCCAGCACAUCCAGUUCGCUAUCGUGGAGUAGUAUGCUCGAUGAAAGAAAACUUUGGCUUUAUUGAACGUGCUGAUGUAGUUAAAGAGAUUUUCUUCCACUUUAGUGAAGCUAAAUCUAUGAAAGAAGAACUUAGAUUAGGAGAUGAUGUUGAAUUUAUAAUACAAACUCGAAAUGGAAAAGAAGUAGCUUGUAAUAUUACUAAGUUACCACCUGGUUCUAUAGUAUUUGAAAAAGUCUGCAAUGAUGUAGUAAAGGGACAGGUAUUAAAGCCUUUAGAAAGAGGCACUGCUGCUCGUCAUCAAAAUGAUCCAUUACCUGGAAGAAUUCGUUAUAGAGAUGCCCGUCAUUGUGAAGUCGAAAUUCCGUUUGGAGAUAAAGAUCAAAAAGGAGAUUUUACUCUUAGACAUGGGGACUGGGUCCAAUUUCGUAUUGCUACGGAUACUAGAGAUCAACUCAAAAGAGCUACUGAAAUAUUGUUGUUACCUGAAUCUUUUACUGUAUCCGGUGAAAGACGAGAACAAGGCAUUAUUGCUGCUCUCAAAGAUGGGUUUGGUUUCAUUCGUUGUGCAGAUCGAGAGUUAGCGCGUUUAUUUUUUCAUUUCAAUGAGGUUCUUGAUGUUGAUAGAGAAAUUAGUGUAGGAGAUGAAGUUGAGUUUACAGUUAUUCAAGAUCCUUCUUCAUCAUUUUCGAGUAAUCGACAAAGUGCAAUUAGGUUGAAACAUCUACCAGCUGGUACAGUUCAAUUUGAAACAAUCAUAGAAAAAGAUUUGGUGGGUACUAUAAUUCAAGGUGUAAGCGGUUUGUUACCUGGUCUCAUUGGAUACGUGAAGGAAAAUCAACAUAAGAGUGUUAUUUUCUUCAUUAAAGAUUGUGAUCCAAAAAAUAUUCCGAAAGUAGAUGAAAAGGUUCAAUUUAGUAUUUGUCAAGUAAAACGAAAUAAAGAACUUGUUGCUGUUGACAUAUCUCUAGUGAAUUCUUUUGGUGAGAAGACUCCAAAUGGUAACAAAAAGUUAAAUGGUCAAAUUUGUCAGGGCUUUAUUGCUGCUCUCAAAGAUGGAUUUGGUUUUAUUGAGACUGUGAAUCACGAUAAAGAAAUAUUUUUUCACUUCAGCAAUUUUGAAGGAGACGCUAGUACAUUGGAAGUAGGAGCUGAUAUUGAAUGUAUAAUCAGUUCUGGAAAUGGUAGAGGAAACGGUGGUUGUGUUGCCGCGGAUUAUGUUAAAUUAGUACCUCGUGGAAGCAUUCCUAGGCCAAUACCAGUUAGCGAAGUGCUUGAUGGAACGGUCGUGAGACCAUUACGAAGUGCAAAUCCUGAUCAGGCAGAGUAUGCUGGUUUGAUAAAGAUAAACGCUACUAACGAAGACGAAGACACACCAGAAUACGAGUUUAGAAUUAUGGGAUUGGUUAAUAAACGCGAGCUACUGCAGGCUGGUGACCCUGUUCAAUUACAGGUUGAUUCAGCAGGGCAUGCUUGUAAUAUUGUAGCGGUUAGAAAAAAGAGAAGAGCAACAGUGGAUGCAGUGAAAGGUCUUUUCGGUUUUCUUGCCUAUGAAGUUGAUGAGGGUAAGAAAUUAUUCUUUCACAUGAGUGAAGUUCGAGACCAUGCGAUACUUCAACCAGGAGACCCGGUUGAAUUUGUUUUGAUUACGAAUCAACGUACUGGUAAAUCGUCUGCAUGCAAUGUAACACGAAUAAGCGAUUCAGUCCAACAACGACCCGAACGUUUGAUCAGCCGAUUGCGGACUACAUCUAUGGAAGACACAGGUCCUAAAUUAACGGUAGUUAGGCAACCAAGGGGGCCAGACGGUACGCGUGGAUUUAGUCAAGAAAGAUCCCAGCAUACCCCUGGUGCCAUUCAAGAGUAAUGUUGUAUCGAAACGGUUACUGCUUAUCCAAAUUGUAAUCUACAUUACUUGUUUUUAGUCCAUACACUUCGGUACCGAGAUUAUUAUUAUCAUAAGCAUGAUCGUAAACAUUUGCCAAAUUGAGACUAAUGUGACAACAAUAAUAAUAUUGAUAAUAAUCAAUUGGAUUAUGAACUUGUUGAGAAAAGAAAAGAAUAUAAAAUAAAAAAAUACAACGAGUCAUUUUAUCAUCUUAUAAAAUAUAAAAAUGAUUAGGGAGGUGAUUUGUCUGAACUAUUUAACUUAACUAAAAAAUCUACCGGAAAUCAUAUUUUCUUUGCAACACCACAUAAUAGUUCUGCUGAGAAUUCUAAACAAGUGUUGUAGAAUAUUCAAGAACUUUUAAAUUGCUACUCCCUAUGAAAAUUUUACGAACAUUUCCUUCCUUUGGUUUAUCAUAACUAAAAACAUAGAUUGAAAAAUAAUUUAAUAUUGAACCGUUGACAACCUGCCCAUUGAUAAUAUUCAAAGAUAAUGUCUCGUCUGAUUUUAUAAAAAUAUACGUACAUGUUGAUACAACAUUUAUUUAUAUCAUUUUCUUUAGAAUAUUUGUUUUACCUAUAAUGUACACUACAAUCAGUUUAAAAUGUACAAUAGACGAAACUGAAGUCACAUGCAAAUUCAUCAUAUAUAUAAAAUACUGAUUGGCUAUAUAAUCAAAAAGGAAGAAGAAAAUGUAUCCGCAUCACUUGCUGAAACUUGCGAAUUGAAAUCAUUUUAUAGUGGAAGGAGGAGACUUAUAUUUCAUUGUAUGAAUCAUUGUAACGUGUAACUCUGUUGAAAAAAGAGAAUAUCAAUGAAUUUGUAAAAGAAGUUAACAACUGGCCAAUUGUUUGUCCUAGAUAAUAUAUAAUAUAUAAAUAUAUGUACAUGCAGUUAAGUUCCUGAUACAGUCUCGUGUUGUAAAAUCAAACUAGUAUUACGAAUUCAGUCGAUUCAUACUACAAAAAUAAAAAAAACUACAAAACAGUACUUAUACGAAGAGUAACAGAAUCGAUUUUUACAAGUUUUGCCAUCAGAAACAGCAAGUGAGGUACACGUGGCAUUAUGUAGAAAUAGAUGAAAGGAAUACAAAUAAGAACAAAGUGCGUAACAAGCACGAUACAAACUAAGCGUUUGUUUGACAACUCAUGGAUCCAACACAUCAUGUGCAUACAUAUUGUAAAAUUAUUGAUGAAUAAACAGUGAAAAUGUCAAACCUCUCUUCUUUGUCUUAAAAUACGAAAUAGUUUAGUAACUGUGUUUCUUUAAAACAAUAUUCACUGUAGUAAAUAAGUGUUUUCGACUUUUGCCAUAUUUCUAUAUUGACAAUUUGUAAUAAAUAUUUAUAAAUAAUAAUGUGCAAAAAUAUUAUGAUAUAUACAAUAUGUAUUUAUUAUGUAUGUACAAAGAUGUGGAAAUUGUUACAAAACGUGUUCAUUUUUUUGUAUUUAAUAACAUGUAUUUGAUUUUUAGUAGGUAAGAAUAAGAAGCAUUGUAGAUUAGAUUACAACACAUUCGUAGGGGAACGGCCCUCGGAGACGUAAAUGAUUCAGUCCUGGACAAGCUGGAAAAAGACAUAAUCAUCUGAUUAAAUAGAACUUUUUAAAUCUCUUAUUAUUAUAUAUAGUGUGUAAAUUUUUAUUUUAAUAUUUAACAUUAGGUAAUACGUUAUUCAUACUAUUAGCUAGUUGAUAAUGUAUUUAUGAUUACAUUUGGAAUUGAAUGUAAUCAAAUAUAAUAAGGCUGCAAUGUAUAAAUGUAAUCAACCUUAACCGGUAACGUUUACACGUUACUAAACGUUAUAUACUAACGUUUGUCACAGAGUGGCCCAUAAUAACCGGUUCCUUCGCAGCGACAUUUAAAUCCAGGAUCUGACGAUAUUUGUAUGCAAGAUCCCUCGUUCAAGCAAGGUUUUAAUCUGUAGCACGUAUCACUACGCUUGCCUGAAAAAAAAAUUAUACAAUAAUAACUGUAACUAUACGUUCUUGACAUUUAUAUGAGAGUACAACAAAAUAGACUAAAAUUUCCUGUUAA